UUCUGCAGUAAGUGUAGGUGUGGCGUGUUGAAACAAAUCUGUAACGAACAGCCCUGCGUCCAUAACAGAGACUGAGAGUCACACGUUCACCAUGACCACAGAGAGACCCGUAGGAGGAAGUUAGCAGUAAUUUAGCCUGGCUCAUUUCCGGCUGAUCCAGAACUGGGUGGAUUCUCCAGUAACUUCUGAUCAUGUGCUAUGAACACAUUGAACUGUGGACAGAGAAUAAGCCAUAAUUUGUCAAAAUGAGCCAAUCAACACCAAACAUUAAAAAAUGGACCACUGAAGAUGUCCACCAAUGGUUGAUUGGAGAGGUCAAGGUUCAGCUCAGCUGUGCAGACAGGUUCUCUGAGGAGGACGUGUCUGGAGACUGUUUAUAUUCCUUUGAAAAAGAAGAUAUUUUGGAUCUAGGAAUAAAGCAUGGACCUGCAGUCAAAAUCUCCCGCUACCUCAGAUGUCUGAAAGAAGGGACAAACUACCAAGCACAGUUUCCAGCAUAUGUGGCCCAGUGGUCCAAAGAGCAGGUCUGUCAGUGGUUACUGCAGCAUGUGAUUGUCUACAGAAAAUAUGCAGACCGACUCAAAGCGGAGGAGGUGUCAGGAGACUGUCUCGUUUGCUUCAGCAAACAGGAUUUACAAGCUCUAGAAAUAAAAGGUGGUCCAAGUGUAAAGAUUCUGAAAGAACUUAAAGACUUGAACAGUAAACCUGAGCCAGUACUACAACCAGACCCUGAAGACAACACAGACCUGCAAGACCUAAAUGAUGUCUCUGUUACACCUAAACCCAAUGUCUCUCAACAUCUGGCAACUAAAAAGUCAGACUCCAUGAACCAACCAGAACUAAAUACUGUUCCUGACAAGAGUUCUCUGUCAAGUAAGAACUUUUCAUCCAAGGCGAAGGAGCAGCAGGAAGAGCAAAUGUCCAGGCCACAGGCCUUAGGAGCAAGACCAAAGGAGAGAGUUGAGACAGAACCUCAGCUCAUAUCAAAGAACAUCAUCCAGGACCACCUUGAUCACCUUAUCAGCAGUGACUUCGAAAAGUUUAAGUUCAGGUUGCAAUCAUACAAGAAGAGCAAUCAAAAACCUAUUCCAAAAGGAAAACUGAAUGACAAAAACAGAAUAGGAGUUGCUGAGCUAAUGACUGAUCACUAUGGAAGCAAGGAGGCUUUAUGUAUCUUUAAAGAUGUUCUAGAAGAAAUCGAUCAGCUGGAUCUUGCCUCACGUUUUGGAAAAACCCUUGCUGAGAGUCAACUGAACCUGGAGCGUUCUUCCAAGGAGGUUUUACAGAAAGAAGGAGACCAAGGCUACAAACUAAAGAACCUGUUAACUUGUGGUGGAAACUCCCUUGACUGCUACGAUAGAUUUGUUGUCGUCGUAAACAGAACCAGUCCAAAACAAGUGCAGUAUCUCCAGUUUUUGACGAAGCUCAAACUUUUCUGUGUGCUUGACUUUGACCCCAACUCUGCCGCUCCAGGUGGGCUCUGUCAUUCCUACAGGGAAUCAAGGGUUGCUAAUCUCCAUACUCCGUCACAGUAUCAAGAACCACUCAUGUCAGUGAUUAAGAACCUUAACCUUUACAAACAGACCAGCUGGGUUUUCUGUAAUGGUAGACAUGACCUUGAUGACAGUGACAACAAGGAGUUAGACUACAAGAACUGGCUCAGAAAGUCUUGUAAGGAUGUGGAACAGUUGGUGUUGUUUAUUUGCAACCCUGAAGUCCUUCUCCGUGGCAGGAGUCUCAUCAUAUUCCUCCUUCUUUCACCUGUGAACAACGAGAAAGAUCCAGUUCUUGACACCUACAAGUCAUUCUUGAAAACCACUGAAGAAGAAAGCAUCAUCAGCAUAUGUGCAUCCGAGAAAAUAUUUGAAAACUGGAGGGAGCUCAUACAUGGGAAAUGUGAAUCAGUCAUUGAUUCACGUUCCAUUUAUGAGCUGAGUCUCAGUGAGAUCUGUGGAACCAUAAUGUCACUGGGACCAUUUGUUCAGUCCUCAGGAAAACUCCUUCCUUCGUCUGACGCCAGCGCUGUUGUUCUGAAACAGAAAGAUGAAGAUUCUCUGACUUUUCUAGAUAUCUUGUGUCUGAAUCAAUGUGAAAAUACAUAUGAUGAAAAAGGCCAGGAGUUUAAAGACUUGCGCAUCAAAGUUGAAGAAGAUUUCUACAGAGGUGGCACAGUCAAAUGGUGGAACUUUUAUUUUUGUGAUAAAGACACAGAGAAGCCAUUUGUCAAACGGGACAAGUACGAACAGGUGAAGAAAAUGAUAAGAUCUCAGUUGAAGGACUCCAACAACGUGUGUGUUGUGCUCAGCCUUUUCCAUGAUCCAGGAUGUGGAGGUACCACCUUGGCCAUGCAUGUCAUGUGGGAUCUCCGUAAAGAGUUCAGAUGCGCUGUUCUGAAGGACAAAGCACUGGAAAAGGCAAACCUCCCAGACACUGUGGAACAAGUUAUUACACUAAUGAAGCUUGAAAGUCCAAAGCUAACUCCAGUGUUACUGUUACUUGACGACUCCAAAGAGACAGAGAGUCCUUACGCCCUUGUUUCCUCCAUCUACAACGCUGCUGUAGAGGAGAGCUUUGACAAAACUGCACCAAACUGCAAGGUUGUCAUUCUUAACUGUGUUCGGUCCCACAGUCCCAAACAGCAGUACCAGUGCAAUGUAAAACACAGUCAGUUUUUAACAAACAAACUGACACUAGACGAACAGAACGAGUUUGAAAAAAAGCUGAAGGAUCUCAAAGAGACUCAUGAAAAACCCCACAACUUUUAUAGCUUCAUGAUCAUGAAGAACAAUUUUGACAACGAGUACAUUUUUAAAAUUGUUCGUGACACACUUGAAAACUUUAACUUCAGUACAAAGGAAGCCCGACUUUUUGCCUAUUUAGCGUUGAUCAACACGUUUGUGGAAAAGUCCGAAAUCUCCCUCUCUCUGUGCGAAGACUUUUUGGGGUUAAAAAUGAUCCACUGGCAAGAGGACAGUGUCUUUGAGAGAAUGAAGCCAUAUUCAAACUUUGUAAUUACGGAAAUAGUGGAGGAUUGGGGAGAGUACAAAGGACUCAGGAUUCUACAUCACUCAAUAGCAUCUGCCAGUCUGAAGGAGUUGGAGAGAAUUUGCCAUUUAAAGCUGAGUGAUAUUACUAUGGAGAUGCUUCAUUGUGAUCUAUUCUUCAGAGAUGGAGUCGUCAAAGACAGGUUCAUGCUCUCCAUUCAAAAAAUGUUAAUAGAAAGACAAAAACGCAAAAAUGACAGAGCAGAGAGAGAACCGUUUUCUUCCCUCAUUGACAGAAUAAACCAAGAUGAAGGGAGGCAAAUGGUCCAAGAGAUUUUUGUGAAAGCUUCCACCCGUUUUGAGAAAAGCGCAUCUAUUCCUCAGGCACUGGCGAGGUAUUUGUACCUCAAACACAGUGACUAUGCAGAGGCUUUGACAUGGGCUGAAAAGGCCAAAAACAUUAAAGAAAAUCCAUACACAUUUGACACGAUUGGUCAAAUCCAAAAGAGCAAUUUAAAAUCCAACAUGGACAGAGAAAAACAUGAGAUGUCCCAUAACCCAGAAGACUUAGAUGAAAACCUCAAAAUCGCAGAUAAGGCUAUCAGAGCAUUCAAAUGUGCUCAAACCCUGGCAAACAAAGAGGAUGAACCUGUUGAUAAAGCCCUGGACGACGAGUCCGACGACUAUCCCAAAAAGUCUUAUACUGUUUAUGGCUAUGUUCGUGUUUUGGAAGUGGCUUUUAUGGUAUUGGAGGUAUUGGGUAAAUUACCCUUCUUUGAGACGAGCGAUCCAAUGAAGAAGAAGUAUUUAAAGAGUUUUCUGAUAAAAGCAAUCCCUAUUACCAGUGUAUACAAAGAGGACAAUGAGGUCAACAACAGGUACACAGAGGUCAUCAGAGAUCAUGAGCAUUUUCUCAUCAACUUAAAAACUGAGGUCAAGGAAACCUUUGACCUCCUAAAUGACUAUUACACAUAUAUAAAACAGGAUCACUCAGGGUACGAUUCCAAGAAUCGUUGGGUCGUUGGUGAUCUUUUCCCAAAAUACAUCGAUCUGUUUUGCACGACACAAGUGGAAAUACAAAAGGAACGACAAACCAAAGCCAAUCUCAAUGUGAAGAUUGAAAUUGAAGAACGAAGAACGUUCCUUGUAGAGAGACAGUGUGACACCUUCGCUGGGAUUCUUCAGCAUUUGGACAGACCGCCUGAAGUUGAGAAAAUCACAGAAUGUUAUGCGUUCUUGCAGCAGCAGCAGCACUUUAUUAACACAGGACAAAAGACUAAGGAAACAAUUAAUUACAUUUUGUCACUCAUCCUUCUGUACCUCUUGAAACCAAACUCUAAAUACGUCAAGAGUUACGACUUCCUGACCAGUCUCCUCUCGAAAACUCUGCAGGAUCUCAGACAAGGGUAUCCCUUCCCAGAUCCAUACUACCUGUUUCUACUCUUAUUCUGGCCAAGUCCUACUCAGCAAAACGCAGACAUCGUCAGUUAUGUGCGGGCAAUUCGAAGGUCAUCUCUUAAGCACCCAACACUGUUGUUUAGAAGAAGUACUGUUGCACUUCUCUUCUUAGGUAAAGAGGAGGGACUAAAAAGGCUGGUCUCUAAACCUCAACUGGAUAAGGACUUUAAAAACGUAAAGCAACCUGCCCUGGCACAACUUUGGCGCAAUGGAGAUAUAUUUAAAGAGAAAGCAAUUAUUGACCAGCUUCAGCGAGUCAGUGGAACCAUUGAACAGAGAGAGGUUUUUGCCAAUUAUGGAAAAUUGAAAAUCCCUGUGCGUCCGGCUUACAUUGCCAGCAUAAGAACUGGCUUCAGCACUGAAAAGGUUUCCUUCUUCCUCGGUUUUGCUAUUGAUGGACCACUUGCCUAUGAUAUUCAGUAUGAAACCUAAUGUGAAAGAAAGUACAACGCAGCAUCACUGACAAGAGUCUUAAGAAAAGUUAAGGACUAAAGUUAACUCAACGGGUCAAAACGUUCUACAACAUUGGAAGACUUUCUGGGCUUCGAAGCCCAUCGUCAUGUCUCCUGUGGGCUGUUGCAGCCAAUGUUAGGUCUGGUGUCUGUACCAGAACUGUUGUAGCUAACAUGGUACUACACAGUUUUAGCAAAUAACUUCUUCCGACUUUCAGAGUAAAACACCUUUGUCUCAUUUUCAGU